AGACUGGUUUCGACGCUUCAAAAAUAAUGAUUUUGAACUUGAGGAUAAAGAACGUUCUGGCGCACCAAAAAAAUUUGAAGACAAAGAAUUAGAGCAAUUACUCGAUGAAGACCCAUCUCAGACGCUACCAGAACUUGGAAAAAUAUUACAAGUUGAUGAGUCAACUGUUUCCAAACGUUUAAAAGGUUGGGUCCUACGCAUUUUCUGGGUGGGUUACCGCCGAGAUCUUGAAGUAACUGAUUUGUACACACCGCUUAAAGAACAUACAAGUGGUAUUCUUGGUGUUAAAAUAGCGAAAGCCUGGGAAGAAGAAUGCGAGACAUACCAGUAUCGGCUGGAGCAGGUCGCGAAGAGCGGGACGCAGAAGAAGGUCAAAAAGCCCAGCUUGUUGAAAGUCCUCAUCAGAUGUUUCGGCUUCAAAACCUUACUAUAUGGGAUCUUUAUGGCCGUCAUGGACAUCUUGCUUAGGGUGCUGCAACCAUUACUGUUGGGUCAGAUGUUACUUUACUUUAACACCACUGACGUCGACAAGUCCUAUGCGUACGGAUACGCCGUUGGAGUCAUUCUAUGCUCCGCUCUUAACGUGUUCGUUAUCCAUCCGUACACGAUAGGUAUGUUGCACAUGGGCAUGAAAAUCCGCGUGGCCUGCUGUUCACUAAUCUAUCGCAAGACGUUGAAGCUGACCAAAACCGCGCUGGGCGAGACGACAAUCGGCCAGGCAGUCAAUUUGCUGUCUAAUGAUGUCAACAGAUUCGAUAUCAGUAUCAUAUUUCUCCAUUAUCUGUGGCUCGGGCCUUUGGAGACCAUCAUCAUGACGUACGUAAUGUACGACAUAAUCGACGUCGGAGUAUCGUCUGUCAUCGGUGUCGCUUUUCUGCUGAUGUUCAUCCCUUUACAAGGAUGGUUAGGCAAAAAAUCAUCAGAACUGAGAUUAAAAACCGCCAUCAGGACCGACGCAAGGGUGCGAUUGACGAAUGAAAUCAUAAGUGGAAUCCAAGCCAUCAAAAUGUAUACCUGGGAGAAUCCGUUCAGCGCGCUCAUACAAAAAGCAAGAAAGAAGGAAGUUAAUGUCAUCCGAUGGGUUUCGUACAUUAGAGGUGUCACCAUGUCGUUCAUCAUGUUCACCACAAGGAUGUCGCUGUUCAUCACGGUGCUGGCUUACGUGCUAUUCGGCUACAAGGUAACGGCCGAGAAAGUGUUCGUAGUAACUGCCUAUUACAACAGCUUACGCACAACUAUGACUGUUCUUUUUCCGCAAGGAAUAACACAGGUAGCGGAAGCGAGAGUGUCCAUAAAAAGAUUGCAGAAGUUCUUGAUGUAUGAUGAAAUGACAGCUUCUGAGAUCGAAGCAAAAAAGUAUAACAAGGAAAAUAAUAAGGAGGACGUAAAAGAUGACAAGAAUGCAAAGGAGUAUAAUCAACAGGACGUAAAAGAGAAUAAUAUGGAAAAUUCGAAGGAAAAUUUCGCGCAGAAAGAAAACGAUAUGCACCAGCAAAACAAUGUCGAGUAUAGCAUUUCCAUCGAAAACGGAAACGCUAAGUGGCUGGAUUAUGAACGAGAAGACACCUUACAGAGUAUCAAUAUGAAAGUGCAUCCCGGUGAACUGAUCGCUGUCGUCGGCCAAGUCGGCGCGGGCAAGAGCAGUUUGUUGAACGUCAUCCUGAAAGAAUUACGUUUGCAAGAAGGUUCCAUCAAAAGCGCCGUGGACGCUCAAGUGGGCAAACACAUGUUUGAAGAAUGCAUCGACAAAUAUUUACGAAGCAAGACUCGGAUUCUCGUCACUCACCAAUUGCAAUAUCUUCGCGACGUCGGUAGAAUUAUCGUUCUAAAGGACGGAGCCAUCCAGGCUGAAGGUACUUAUGACGAGCUGGGAUCCAUGGGUGUGGACUUCGGUCGGUUAUUGGAAAAUCAAGCGAAAACGGAUGAAACAUCCUCUCGACCUGCCUCGACCACCGUUAGCCGCAGUAAUUCUCGUACCAGCAUCUCAUCACUGAGUACUGUCAUGACGAAUGAUACAUCGAAACAGGAGCCUCUUGAGUUAAGUAUAGCUGAAAUGCGAACAAUAGGCAAUUUUUCCGAUAAAAUAUACACGGAUUACUUUCGUGCUGGCGGCAAUUGGUGCAUUAUAUUCCUUCCGAAGA